GAAGACCAGCAGCCAGCAGCAGUAGGAGAAGGCGACGAAGAAGAAGAAUGACGAGAAUGCUAAACGGAAAAUAGAGGGGUCGAAGUACUGUUUGGUGAACAUUAAAUUAACGCCGUUACCUCAAAAUAUUACCAUUGAACAUAGCUACAUUACGUUCGCUAAGCUAUGACAGAGCCUCAGUCAGCGCUGUUACUCAGGAGACAGCUUGCAGAGCUGAACAAAAACCCAGUGGAGGGAUUCUCAGCAGGCCUGAUCGAGGAUAAUGAUCUCUACAGAUGGGAAGUCCUUAUCAUCGGGCCUCCAGACACACUGUAUGAAGGUGGUGUGUUUAAAGCUCAUCUGACAUUUCCCAAAGACUAUCCUCUCAGGCCACCUAAAAUGAAAUUUAUCACAGAUAUUUGGCACCCUAAUGUGGACAAGAAUGGAGAUGUAUGUAUUUCUAUUUGACGAGCCUGGGAGGACAAGUACGGCUUGAGAAAACCAGAAGAACGCUGGCUGCCUAUCCACACAGUGGAAACCAUCAUGAUUAGUGUUAUCUCUAUGCUGGCAGACCCAAAUGGUGACUCACCAGCAAAUGUGGAUGCUGCGAAAGAGUGGAGGGAGGACAGACAUGGCGCAUUCAAAAGGAAAGUUGCCCGUUGUGUACGAAAAAGCCAAGAGACUGCGUUUGAGUGAUAUUUAGCAAGAAUCUAGCUUCAAGUUUUCAGGGUCUCCAAUUGAAAAUCAACAUGGCACUGUUUCCUGCACUCUUCCACCCUGUCGUCAGGCUUGUCCUCCUUUAUUUUGGCAGGAACAGACUGGUUACUGUAGGCUGCAAUAGAACAUAACAGUGACUACAAAGGCUGACAGAAAAAAACGCCAAGCAAGUGCCAACUCAAAAAAAAAACAAAAAACAAAACCCAGAAGAUGAUAAAACAUUUUUCAAGUCUAUGAACUGCUUCAACAUUCAGGAAGAUAUUGUAAAGACAUGUAUAUAGCACAGACUAAACCGGAUAAUAUAUAAGCUCCCUCUCCAUCCAUCAAGACACUUAGACCAAAUGAGUAGCGUUGGUUCAGAAAGAUUUAUUUUUGUCCUCAGCUCCAGCAUGCAUUAGUUCUCUUUAGAUUGUUUUAACGGGAAGUCUUACAUAGAAAGAGAAUUGUGAUGCUGUUGGAGGAAGGUCACCUGUGAAGAGCUCGAUUGAUUCAAGCGAGACAUGAAUGACGUGACUGAAGUGUUUUUUCGAGGAGUACCGCCAUAUUAGAAUACAUUGUGGGUUCUUUCACACACUCAGAACUCUGCAUCAUAUGUGUACCUGAAUGAUUUUGUUUUUCUUUAUCAGUUUGAAGUCUUACCAUCCUGCUCCGUUGACUUAAGAAAGGCAACAUACCCCUUAAUUUUUGUGCAUGCUAAAUUUUGUUUAUCUUUUUUCAAAAGUGCCUCCUAAUAAAAUGCUUGGCCACUUCACCCUGCAUUGAACAAGUGUUGAAAAAUGUUGAAAAAAGAUGGAGAAAUUGUGUACCACUUAUGUAUGAAUUUAUUUAAUAGCCAGGGAAUCUGUAUAAUUAGGGAAUUGGUAACAAUUUGGUGUAGCAAUAACUCCCCUAGUAUGAAGUGUACACGUGUUAAUUUUUGAUAUCCUGAUACAGUUUGAGGUCCUAUUCUCCAAUAUUCUGUUAUUUUAGCAGCCUCUCUUUUCCUUGUUUGUGUUGUCCUCAGUAGGAAUUGUUAUGCAUGCUUUCUCGUGUCUUUUGUUUUGUUUUGUUUUUUUGCUGAAUGUUUCUGGGAUUUUGUUUGCGAAUGUUUGAGUGUUUGUGUAUACAGUAUGUGUGCCCUUUCUGUUUUGUCGCCCUUUCCCCUGAUCCACAAUCUCUUGAUUAUUCUGCUCACUGAACUAUUGCAGUUUUGCCUAAUGUACAAAGACAAAAAUACUGAUGUAUAUUUUUCAUGUUAUGAAACCUGUCACCUGUAGUGAGUUCUUCUAAAAUAUGACUUUUUUUCAAUA